UCAAUCCGCCACAAACCGCGGUCAUCCCUCCUACCCAGUCAGACCAAAAACGCCUUUCAACCCACUUGCGUGCGUGCGUGCUUGCUUGCAACUAUGAACGGCAUCAAACCCGACCCCGACGUUAAGAGCGAGUACGACGACCAGAUGCUCUCCGGGAGCGGUUACAUGGACGAUGACUUCUAUGAGGAUACCGGCGAGCUUCAAAUGCCCAAGGGUGCGGACCCAGACCUGUGGCUGACGCGCGUGCCGGACUGGCUAUGGGCAAAGAUCUCGGAAUGGGGCGACUUGGCUGGUGGUGAUCCCAAUGAGCAGAUUCAAUUAGGAGAAAUCAUCGCUUUCCCCGACCCGUUAGAGAAAGACGGCAUCAGCAAGUCGCAGCCGAUGCGCCUGUUCAUGGGCGAUCACUGGAAGCAGAAAGCGCAACUGCCUGGUGCUUUUGAGCUCGAACCGCUACACACCAACCGCGAGGUGCUCCAGAACACGUACGUCUUUUCCGAGAAGAACCUGCCUGGAUACAAACCCAGCGCAAAAGGCGCAGCCCCCGGAGGUUUUGGCGCCGUGCAAGAUCCCAAAGCCCGCAUCUUCAAACGCGGCAAGUACAGAAAAGCGGUCCCCAAGCAUACCGCCUUGGUAGGCAGCCCUGCCCUCCAGUACUUCGCCCAACCCUUGAACACGCAAGAAUACAUCGCCUUCGAUGCCCAGCGCCACAGCCAGGCCGUGCUGGGCAACAACAUGAACACAAACAUUGUCGAGAACUUCCGUAACCUCAACGAGAUGACGGCCAAUGAGAAGACGCAGGAGAAAUUCGGAAAAUUCAUCAAGGCCCCCGUGGCCAAGAAGUCCAACCAGCUCAACAAGGCCGCCCGUAUACCCCGCAACGAGCUGGUCGAUAUCUUGCAUGGUCUGUUCGACAGGUACAAGUACUGGCCUAUGAAGGCGAUCAAGGCCACCACCAACCAGCCAGAAGUCUACCUCAAGGAAGUCCUUGGCGAUAUCGCGCAACUUGUCCGCAGUGGUCCGUUUGCCAGCUGCUGGACUCGCCACUCGCAGUUCAACGAUACCAGGGCUAGUCUGAACGAUGAGAAGCCUCCAGAUGCGGAGAACAUUGAUGACAAUACCGGCGAUGACGAGGAGGACGAGAUGGAGGAUGUCAUGUAGGCUCUUUGUUCUUUGGUGUGCUGUAUCAUUUCUUCUUCUUGCUCGUUUGUAUGCUUUUUCUCCGUUCAUCGUCAGAUAAAAACUUGAUACCCUGAUUCUUCGUCUCUGUCUCUCCUUGAGCCCCUCCAUUCCCCCCCUUUUUUUAUGCAUUGUAUGUAUAUUACACACACACUACUUCGAGUCAUGCUUAGAAGAGACGGAAUAAUUGCCAGUCUUUCAUCCAUUGGUUGCUUCUGUUUAUGUGACUCGGUGUGCUCUUAUGUCGGUUUACUUUUACAACAUUCAAGUGUUCGCGUGCGUGCAUGCAUGUGAUUAUUCUCCAACUUCCCCCUUUAGCGUGCGGUAUGAGGAUGUCAAUCCAUUCAUCUGCUUUCGGAAUAUCUCGUAACACACACACACACACACACAC